CGCGCGUCUACCUACAAAAGUGAUAUUUCUGAACUCGGGAAUUAGUUCGUCUGGUCUCAGGAAAUUUAUAAAGAAACUGAAAACCCUAGUGGUUCCUUCCCUCAAAUCUUAUAGAUUCGCACUAACAACAGGUAAGUCUUAGACUCAUAAUGGCCCGUACCAAGCAAACCGCCCGCAAAUCCAAAGGAGGAAAGGCCCCCAGAAAGCAGCUCGCCACUAAGGCUGAUGGAGUCAAGAAACGCCACCGUUACCGCCGGAGAGUAAAGCCUAAAGCCUCGGAUCGUGAGUAUCAAACUAAUUCUCCCCCUCCGAGCCCGGUUACAGCUUCUAGGCAUGUGGAGUCUGGAGCUCCCAUCCCCUCAAAUGAAGAAGGGCCGAGAUCUCCUCCACUUCUGGCGACUCAGUCGGGUUCUCUUCCACACUCCUUGGCUCCCGCUCAAGCCGAGGAUCGUCCGCCUGUUCUCCCGUCUUCACAGCAGGCCGUGCCAUCUUCAAAUUCGUCUACUUCUGAGGGAGCGGGUCCCUUCGGUUCUACUCCGCUGACUGUCGGAGCGGGAGUUUCCGAGAGGAAGGUCCCGAUCAGGUCUCUUAGGGACGAUUUGCUAGGAUGCCCUUUGGAGGCUAUCUUCGCGAUUGUUCCUGAAGAUUUCGUUCAGGAUGCCGGGAGGACUACUCCCGAGAGAUUCGCCGAUCUGAUAGUCCAUCAUCAGUUCUCGUUCAUAGUCAAAUUGGCCGCUUUGUACCGGAACUUCCAAAGUCACAUGAGCACUUAUCCACAGGAGGUGGCCGAUAUGCGGGCCAAAAUCCGAAGCCUUAACUACGAAGUCUCUCGGCUGAAAGGGCUGGAGCCUGAAGUGGAGCGAUUGCAGAACUUACUCCAGGCCCGGGACCAAGAGAUAGCGGAGGGCCAAAGGCAGCGAGAGGCAUUGGAGGAUCGUGCUUCCAAGGUCAAGACACUUAUGUGUGAGGCGUUGGUUGAGUUGACCAAAGUAGGGGAAGCCAAGGAUAAUUUGGCUGCGGAGCUUGGAUCGUCUCAGGCCCGAGGGAAAAUGCUAGAGUCGGAGUUGAACACUGCCAAUUCCGCGAAGGAAAAAGCUGUGGCCGAGCAGAAAGUUGCAACCGAGCUGCAGAAGGAUGCCGAGAGCCGAUAUAAAAGACUUCACAAGAAGUAUCAUCACUAUAAGGCUAAGGCAAAGCGGUACUUGAAGCAGCUUUCUCUCGUGCCCUGGCUUCGGGAUCUAGGUUGGGCUCGCGGCUUCAUUUGGGGUUUUGAGAACUAUAGGACUUUGGUUCUCAAUCCUCAGUGUUUCAACUUCUGUCCCGAAACUGUGAGUCACGCCCUUUUGGGUAUUCCGGACGAGGCGAUCCACGAGCUCGAACAGAUGGGAGUGGAUCAUUUCCCGGAUGUUCCAGAAUGGGGCGAGUUUGCUGCUAGCCCCUGGGAGGUUGGUCUCUCUCCUCUGCACUCGAUUUCCGAGCCCACAUCCGAUAUAGCUGUUGAGGGUGAUGGUGAUGAAGACUUGUAAAUUUUUGUAAUCCAAAUUUUCUUUAAUCAAAAUUUUUUGUCUUCA